GCGUUCAUGCUCAGGCCUAUCCCCGCAGCGUUUGUUUACUAGCGAUAGCUUAGCGGCAGAGCGAGAGGUGGUUUAGCUAGCAUGGAUUCAGCAAAGAACAAGAAGAGAGCUGCUUCAAGCACUAGCGGAACUCCAGCCCAGACCCCAAACAAGUCAAAGAAACCAAGAAGAGUGUAUUCCAGUGCAGGUAAACGGGCAAAACUCGAGUAUGAUCGCCGAAGGCAACGAACGAGGAUAAAUAUCGGUCCAGCAUUUGAGGAGUGGAAAAUGCUGAGAAAGUCUCUCAGGAUGAAAACACACCCGCAGCUGGCAUCAUUUUUGCUGAAAAGUUAUGAGAAGCACGCUUCAUCAAAGGGACCACUUACAUCAACACCACGUGGGCCAUCUACAGCAGUGUUUGCAGGUCCUUGUCGCCCCAGUUCAGUAACUGCAGGGGAAUCUGAUAGGGAUGACUUCCAGAUCGCAGGAGUUGAACCUCUAAAAGCAGAUCAAGAGGUAGAAUUGUUGGAGGAAAGCAUCAAAUCGAUGGAGCUGAAAGUGGACUAUUUAGACGAGGAAAGAGCCAAUAGUUGGAAAACAGUUUAUUAGAGUUUGAAGGAGAAGGAGCUUUAGACCCGUAUGACUCAGAUUAUGUACCUCCAAUAUCAAUAAGGUGUGUCUCACAGGAUGAAGUUGACCAACUUCCUAGCAUUGGCCUGGAUGAAGCUGUAUUUGACAUUGCUGAUUGUGUGGAGGCAGAUUUGGAAGAGAAUUUAGAAGCACCAUCAGCAGCAUCCAUUCCAGUUUUCCCAAUACACGAUCAAGUGCUUGUUGAAAGUGACCUCAUAAACCAGCAAGCGUGCAUAGCAUACAGCAAAAGCUUGCUCCAGAUGGCUAAUUUCCUCCAACUGCCUCUCAGUAAAUGCCACUACAGUGACCACAGCACAGGCACAUAUUGUGAUGGCCAUCCUCCUUUUCAUGUAAAGUCACGUCCGAGAUGUACAGCUUUGAUAAUUGAGUGGUUUUGCCCACGUGGACAUAAAUUAUGGAGUUGGAACAGCCAGCCAAAGCUGAAAUAUGGGAUGCAAGGAGGAGAUUUCAUGUUGUCAACAAACAUUCUGCUGUCAGGGAACAACUUCUCCAAGAUCGCUCUCCUGUUCAGAUUCAUGAAUAUCCGCAUGGUGACAUCCAAAACCUUCUACUCAGUCCAGGGUACCUACUGUUUAAAAUCAAUACAGCAGUUUUGGGAGGAGAAGAGGAAUGCCAUCAUCAAGAAACUGCAGUCAAAAGACCGCGUGGUUGCUCUUGCUGACGGGAGGAUGGACUCUCCAGGUCACUCAGCAAUGUGCUGUACAUACACAACGAUGGAUCUAGACACCAUGGACAUCAUCAGUGUUGUCAAUGUGGACAAAAGAUGGGUUGGCUAUAAAAGUGGGGUCAUGGAGAAGGCUGCCUUUAUACAGACAUUUGACAGUCUCACAAAGGAGGUGAACAUCAAGGAGAUUGUGACUGAUGCCCAUGUACAAAUUGCUGCUCUCAUGCAUCCAGAAAGGGGCAGAUAUAAGGAUCAGGCUAUUACCCAUUCGCUUGAUGUCUGGCACGCCGCAAAAAAUCUGACAAAGAAACUUCAUGCUGUUGGAAUGAUUUCUGGUCAAAAGCUUAUACUUGGAUGGAUCAAGGACAUUGUUAACCAUUUUUGGUAUGCUUGUCAGCACACAAGCACCAGAGAAGAGUUUAUGGAUGUCUGGAAGGGUGUACUUCACCACGUGACUGGAGAGCAUGAAUGGGGCUUUGGCAGGUGCUUUCAUGCUCCUUUGGCGGAGAACCCAGACAAAGAGCUCAUUCCACAUGGAUCUGCUGCACAUGUGGCGCUUUCACGGAUUGUUCUGAACCAGCGAUGGCUAAAGGAUAUAGAGAAGUUGCUCACCUUUAGGACCACUGCUGAGCUGGAGUCGUUCCAAAAUCACAUCUUGAUGUACGCCGGGAAACGCUUUGCAUUCUCAUUUGGUGUCUAUGAAGCUAGGACACUCCUCGCUGCAUUAGACUACAACCACCAUAACCAUCGCCCAGUGCAUGUGAACAUCAAAGGCCAAGUAUCACACAAACGAGUCUACAACAAAAAGUCGCAGCGUUACAGUGUUCACACUGUAAAGGAGACCAAAGACUACGGCUACAUCCCAGAGCUGCAGACAAGAAUCCUGGAGAAGCGCCUCAGCUCUGCUGGGGGACUCCCAAAAAGAAGAAGCGUUCAGGCUGAUGACCCCAGGGCCCUGGGUCCUCUCUCCGGGAUCAGCCCUCCUCCUACAGCUGAACUGGUACAGACACAACAACGCAGAGGACAGGUAGUGAUUAUAACCAAAUCUCCUCUCCAUUUUUGUGGAAGAAAAUUACAUAAAUGUAAUUUUUGUUUUUUACAGGACUUACCCCCAAAUUCCACUACCUCCGCUCCGCUGCGCUCCGCUCCGACACGAACGCCGGAGCAAAAUCGGUCCCGUUGUAGUCAAUCAGAGUAAUUCCACUACUGCGGCCGUGCUCCGGCAGUGCGGCGCCGUGCGCCGCCCUCUGUUCCGGCGUCCGGCAAAAAUAGAAUCGAUCCUAUUUUCGCCGGACGCCGGAGCACCUCCGCAGUAAAUGGACAGAAAUCACAACGGCCCAACAGGAAAAGGAGCAAGCACAAUUUCCGUAUUUCACAAUAAAUCGAUAAACAAAAGGCGUUUUUUGUUUCAUAUGCACAGAUUUAACAACUUUUAACCACUAUCAAUGGCGGCUGAAGUUUAAAUGCACAAAAUUAAGCCAUAAAUACAGUUUCCACUAUCAAAGUAGUCACACUUUGUUGAUCCAAACACUGCUGAUCUCUCAACACAAAUGAUGGGCAGAUUAAACAGUUCAUUUCGAUGCUUCUCCCACACAACGGGUGUUUGGAUCUAACUUCCGCGUUUAUUGCUCGGACUGUAUCGCAAGAUCUCGAAAGUCCCGCGCAUGCCUGUUUGCCCACCUCAGGUCUCCGCACCGGAGCGGAGCCGUUGUAGAGCGGGUACCAGUAAAAAUUGAGUUCGGAAGCGAGCGGCUGCGGAGGGCUUGGGCGGACCGGAGCGGAGGUAGUGGAAUUUGGGGGUUAUGUGAUACCUAAACAGAGGCUGAUGGCAAUCAAAGUUGAACACUACAGAUUUAUUUAUGUAAAUAUGUACAAAAAGUUUGCAACAACAAUAAAAGUAAGUCAAACUUC